UUGAAUUUUUUUAAACUUUAAAGAGAAACAUAUUUAUUUCCGUAAUUAUGAAAGACAUAAAGGUUUUAUUGAAAGAAACUCGCGAGGCAAUAGCGAAAAAGGAUUUUCAAAACGCUCUAAAAUUAUCAAAGACGAUUCUUAAAGAAGAUAAAUCUAAUUAUAUGGCUAUGGUCUUUCUGGGAUUUUCCUUACAAGAAGUAGGACCUAUUGAACAAACCCCCAAAGCUUUUCAGAAGGCUAUAAAUUUAGCUCCAACGAAUCCUUUAGCAUGGCAAGGUUUGAUCAAUUAUUACGAGAAAAUUGAGCAAGAAGAUGCAAAAACUGAGUUGAUUAAAACUAUUUUGUCUUAUUUGGAUGUAGAAAGUAAUGAAUCUAAGUUGGAAAAGUAUUGUACUAAAUUAGUUGAUAUUAGAAGUUUUGGUGAUAUUCUUGAUAUUUGUAAUGCUUUAUACCAGGCUUGUCAAAAGUGUGAAGACGAAAUUAAACUUAGUAUUAUAAAUAAAAUAAAAGUUAUAUUAGAAGAUGAAACAAAAAACAGCGAUCCAAAUUAUUUAAUUUUGUACGAAAAAUAUAUUCCAGAAUUGAUUUUAAAUGGAUGUAUAAGUGAAAAAUGUUUUUCUAAUUUUCUUGCAAUUUUAUACAAAGAAAAAAGUUACAUAAAAACAUUAGAUACAGCUAUUGAGAUGAAUAAGCUUUAUCCUACUAACAUUGUAUCAUUUUAUUGGAUAUGUAAAAUAUAUAAUCAGCUUUGGAUAGAAGAAAAUCCUGAUGUGAACAAAUAUGAAGACAAGAUUGAAGAAUAUGUUGAAAAUGUCUUGAAAUUGGAACAGGAUAAUUCUAUGGGGCUUUUUACAUCUGCGAUAUUUUCUUUAAAAACUAACAAGUAUUUAGAGGCAAAAGAGAAGCUUUUUAAAGUUACAAAUAAAAGCCCUGGUUUGAUAUAUGCUUGGUUUUUAUAUACAGAAGUAUUAAUUUAUUUAGAAUACUUUGAAGAAGCUUUAAAUAGUCUAGAAAGAACCAAGAAAUUAUCACAAAAAAUGGAAAAUUCACUUAUUUCUCAAAACAUACCUGCUCAAGAAGUAAAAGUUUUGAGCAUGUCAAAUGAUCUUUCUGAUUGGGAACAAGCAGCAGAUUUAUUCUCUAGUGAGGGAUUUGUAAAAGAAAAGUGUCUCUUUUAUGUUGCUGAUAUUUGCAUUAAUUUGGAGAGGUAUUCCGAAGCUUCUUUGUACAUUUCUGAGUUCAAAGAUGAAGAAAAAUAUAACUUAUUGAAAAUUAAGUUACUAGUUAAACAGGAAAAAUAUCCUGAAGCAUUAAAACUGUUUGAAAAACUUAAUUUUAACUCAGCUGAAUGGUGGAUGGAAUUGGGAAAGCUCUACUGGAAAUUGGAAGAAUAUCAAAAAUCUUUAGAACCGUUUUUAAAAGCUGCAAAAAGUAAUCCUGAUAAUUACAAAUGUUUCUUUUGGUUGGGUAAUGUUUAUAAUCAGUUUAAUCAACUUGAUAAAUCGCGUAGAUGUUUUGAAAAAGCUUUUAGUAUUUACCCAAGUUCAUUACAGACUAGUUGUGAGUUAAGCAAGGUGUACAGGAAGCUGAAAAAUUGGGAUGCAAAUUUGCAACUUUUACUAAGCAUCUCACAGGACGUUAUCAAUAAAAAGAACUUGUGGGCGUGGUUACAGCUAGGACUGACUUAUUUUGAACAAGGAGACAUCCUGAACAGUAUAAAAUAUCUGAGAACUGUUGUGCGUUACAAUCCAGAAAGCGCUCAUUGUUGGGAAUCGUUGGCAGAUGCCUAUUUUACCAGAGGCUCUUUUACAUCAGCUCUAAAAUGUUAUGAGAAAGCAUCGAGUUUGUCGGAAGAUACACUUUAUUCUACUCUGCAAAUAGCAUAUAUUAAAAAGAUUUUAAAGGAAUAUCCAGAAGCUAAAGUGGAAUUUGAGAAUAUUCUCAAGGUAAACAGGGAGUAUGUUCCUGCGUUGAAAGGCCUAGCUGAAACAGCCUUGUGUCAAGCUAGAGCUUUUUUCAAAGAAGAAAGAUUGGAAGCGGCUUUGGAGUGUGCCCAACUUGUAACCAAUAAAAUUAGUUUGGCCAUCUUACAAAGAAGCGAGUUGUCAUGUCUAUGGAAAAUUUUCGGCGAUUGUGUUUAUUUUGUAGCUAAAUUACCCGAAAAAUACUGUUGUUUGAACAUAUCCAAAGAAUUUCUUGAACAAGAAUCAACCGGAUACGGACGAUAUCUUGAGAAAGAUGAAUUAUUUAAUUUCGCCACAAAAUGUUUCUGCAAAGCAGUUAGUCUGGCCGAAGACAACCCAUACCUUUGGCAUGAUUUAGCCGUUUGCUAUCUAGAACACGCCAGACAAGUUUCUGAGGAAAACGUCAAAGAGAAAUUGACAAAUUACUCAAUACAAGCCGCGCAGAAAGCUGCCGACCUUGACACAACGAACUGGCAACACUGGAAUCUACUUGGCUGCAUCCAUUUCUUCAAAGGUUCUUCUACUGGUAUGAUCCAACAUUAUUUUAUAAAAGCCGUGACUGUCGAUCAUAAUAGCGCAAUAUCUUGGACGAAUUUAGGCGUGUUAUACUUACUCAAAGGUGAUAUAAAGUUGGCGAAUAAGGCUUUUGCUGAAGGUCAGAGGACAGAUCCUGAUUAUGUGAACAGUUGGAUUGGACAGGCACUGAUAGCUGAAAAUCUAAAACACAAAGACACCAUGGGUCUGUUUAGGCACAGCGUAAAGCUACGUCAUCACGAUCAAGGCUGCCUGGGUUACGCAAACACUGUCUGUGAUGCCCUAAUCAACAGACCUUUGAAGGACCGAACCUUUCACUACUUAAUUUACGAUAUGCACGCGAUUCCUGUGGCUUGUGACGCAAUACAGUGGUAUAUCGAAAAGCACCCGGAAGAUGGUUGUGCCUGGAAUCUUUUCGGGAUACUCCUGGAAAGAAUGGGGCUCAAAUACUCUGCUAGAGACGCCUUUGAGAAAGCUUUUAGGUAUUCUGGAAAAGAAGACAGAGAGAAAGCCAGGAUAAAUUUUGGCAGGCUGCUGUAUCAUACAGGAAACCUGCCGAAAUCAAUUGAGAUGUUCCAUGACGCAGAUGAAGCAAGUUUUAGCAGCGGAAGUGGACUUGCUUUGGCAUUAUACAAAAGUGGUCAUUUCGAAGAAUCCUACGCGGUAUACGAACAGGCCCUCCAUUGGCUGACCGACAAACAAACCAACCAAUCAGACGUUCUGGUGGCGCUGGCAUCAAUGGCAUAUAAGUUUCAAGGUCCCGAAGCUGCUAAAACACUGCUAUUUCAAAGUAUUGAACUAAAACCUCCAUCACCAUGGAGUCUAUUUGCCACUUUUUCACUUGCACUGUUACACAAUGAUGAUAAAUUGGCUCAGUUGGUUUGCAAGGAGUUGGCAGACGUGGAAAAACAUUUGGAAGAAGUAGAAAUGGAACAGACAGAGUUCGUGUAUCAUUACGCCACACUUUUGGCUUAUUACUACAUAAUUACGGAUAAUAAGAAAAAAGCUAUAGUAGAACUAAGCAAACUAGUUCAUAAGUACCCCAAUGAGAGUUCAACGUGGCUGACAUUGUCUAUGACAAUAUUUCGACUGCAAACUGCGAAAAAAGCUCUUGAAAUAGCGGCAAGAUGUGCCCAAACUGCUAUCAAAUUAGGCAGAACCAACACAAAUGUGUGUAAGGUAUUAUAUCUGGUAGCUUUAUCGUUUUAUAUGGCUGGAGACUCAAAGAAAGCUCUGAUCUACGCUCAGAAAGCUGUACAUGCUACACCGAACUCUUCCGAAGCUUGGGCCAUGCUUACACGAUUAUUAACGUCCAGAAAGAACGAUCUCCCUGAAAAUUAUUUCAUCAAAGUAAUGGAUUUGCUCGAUAGUGCGCAAAAAUCAAACAAUGUACUAGUCACGUGGUUUAAUAAACUAAAAAUUGUAACUUAAUCUGUUUGUUGUUUGCUUGCACAGGUACAAAAAAACAAACUAGCCAUAUAACUUGACGUGCGGUUUGAUAAAUACCACACAAUCGAGAAAAAAAAAGUGUCAUAGUGACUUAUAAA